CGGUCUACGAACCGGAUAUCAGCGCGAUAAUCCGGCCAUUGAGCAAGUUUUCUUCAUCCAAUAAACUAUAUCCGACUCUAGAUCCGACAACAUUCAUCCGCAACACUACGCAUCCUCCCUUCUAUUGCGCCGUCUCACUAUUCCGCACUCAUACUUCCAAGACGAAAGAAAGUAUAAAUCCGCAUCGAUUUCUCGAUCACUAAACAAUUUCAUCUUCACUUCCACAUACAACAACACCACGUCCACAAAAUACCAACAACAACCAAGCACCACCACCAUGCCACCCAUCCAAUUCGGCGUCCUCCUCUUCCCCUCCCAAACAGUCGACACCGCCAUGCCCCUCGACACCCUCUCCUCCUGCUCCAAACACGCCAUCUCCCUCUGGGUCGCCCACGACCCCACCUACGCCCCCCUCCUCGCCCAGGCUAUCGACAUCGAAUACCACCACAUCGCCCCAACCCUCUCCCCCGUCCCGCUCACCGGCGGCUUCAAAGUCCUGCCCAGCACCACCAUCGCCGCCUGCCCACCCCUCGACUUCCUCCUCAUCGGCGGCCCCGAACUGGAUUUCCAAUUCUCCCCCGAAAUGACAGCGUUUAUCCAAACGCACGUCGCGGCCGGCAAGGGGCUUUUCACGAAUUGUACGGGCGCCCUCCCGGUGGCGGCGACGGGGGUGUUGGAUGGGAGGACGGCGACGGUUAAUCAUGAGGCGCUGGAGGUGGCGAGGGCGAAGUGGCCAAGGGUUAAUUGGGUCAGGGAGCAGUGGGUUGUGGAUGGGGGGGUUUGGACGGCGGGGGGAGCCUGUGCGGGUAUGGAUAUGAUGGCGUGGUGGGUGGUGGAGAGGUGUGGGAGGGAGGUCGCGAGGCUGGGGUUUAGGGGGUUGGAUUAUGUGCCGAGGGAUGUGGAGGGGAGGGUUAUUGUUGUUUGA